AAGAGCGAGCCAGAGAAAAGAAAGAGUGAGGAAGAGGGGUGUUUCUAACUGGGAACAGAGCUCGCACUGUUCCGUAUUAUACACACACAGAAAAACACAGUGAGAAAGAGAAAAGGAGACAAAAAGAGAAGCAAUAUCCCACACACGUACUUUUUCUGGCUGUUUAGCUGGGUGUAUGGAGCAUUCUGGUCUGCAAAAUGAAACUCUCAUCUGUUGUGAUGGUUCUCCUGACUAGGGCUUUGAUUGGAGAGUUGACUGAGGCUCUGAAUGUGACGGUGACCCCUGGACCGGUCACUAUGUGUCUGGAAGGAGAAAAUCUUACCAUGUCAUGCCUGGUCUCUCAAAAGAAGAGGAGCAGCAGCGUGCUGGUUCUACGCUGGCUUUACUUUCCAAAGCCUGAGGAUGAGCGACUGGUGGUGAAGAUGAAUUUCAAGAAAGCUAAGUACUACGGGAACUAUAGCCUAAGCUUUUCCCAGACCAAAUUUAACCUGUGGGAGGAGGUGGAAGGGCAGAUAUACAGCCUGCUGAUCCUCAAUGUGUCCAGGGAAGACAGAGGCAACUACAGCUGUAAGGUGCAAGAGAUACAUAAACACAGGAACAAGUGGAGGGCCUCAUCAAAUGGUACAGGGACCAUGGAGCUACAAGUGCACUACAUAGGAGUCCCUGAGAGCACUGAUAACAUCUGGCGCUGGUUUCAAGAUCUUUAUCUGUGUGCAGUGCUGAUCUGCUCUGUUGGUCUCAUUUCUACGGUGCUUUUCAUCGUGAUCAUCACCUGUCAAUACAUGCAGCGUAAACAAAGAAGAAAAGCCAGAUUCUAUUUGAUGAAAUGCCCAGAGAGCAGCUCUGGUGAGACAGUGACCAGUGUUGCCAGCUCCUCUCCUGGUAUGCACAGGAAAGAGAAAAGACAUAAAGCACCACCCAGAGACCUCACUGCACAACCACCAGUGAUACCAGUGAAAGCUCCUGUUCCAAAUAAGCCACGCAGGACCAAGCUUUUAAAAGUCCAACCUAGAAAAGCACACAUGCCGCGGGUGGCAGAUGACAGCCUGACAUACGCCGAGCUGGAGCUGGUCAAGCGAACGCCUGAGGCUAAAAGAAGCAGCUCAGGAACUGCACAGCUGGAGACCAAUACACACUGCACAGGAACUGUAUACGCCCAGAUCCUCUUUGUGGAAAAGCAAGUGUAAAUUCAGUUGAAACUGUUUUGUAGCAGAAUUAUUUAUGAUAUAACUUUGGGUAUUGUUUAUAUGAUUAACUGAUGUUGUAUUAUUUUUUAGUAUAAAGGCACAAGUCCAAGUCCAAGCAUCUGGUGUUUGCACGUUCAUAAUGCUCUCGACUUGGGUACAUUCACCAAGUGCCUGCAAUCAUAUUUUAUAUAUAUAUAUAUAUAUAUAUAUAUAUAUAUAUAUAUAUAUAUGUGAAAUAUUGCUUUACUUUUGGAUUUAAUCCAAUACAC